AUGGCUAGCCUGAUAGAACGCAAGUCCUCAUCCUUCUCUCAGCCUUUCCACCCUGACCUGGUCAGGCACCGACCUCACCCCUAUAGCCAUGACCACCCUCCUCCCCACCGCCCCCGCCGCCGCGGCCGUGACCAUGACGACGCGUACCACACCCAUUCCCAACCGUACCCCCAGCCAUGUCCCCAUGCCAACACUGCCCCCUACCACCCCCGCCACGAUCCGCUCGCUCUCUCCCACCUCCAGGAACCUAUCUUUCCGGCCCCCUCUCAGCGGGCCCCGGGCACACCUCCGCCGAAGCGGGCUCGCCGCGCGCCAGAGCCCCGGUGUGAUCCGCCGGUCGCGGCCGUGCCACGCCUGUUGCCGACGAGACAUCCCAAGGAUGGUGACGCCAGGGCGUUGCUGUCGCGAGAGGAGAUCGAGCGAAGGUCACCUUCGUGGAAGGACGGCAUCGACUCCGCUUUGGAGGCAAGGUUGCGCGCGUCCUACUGCGCCUACCUGCGCUGCCUCGGCUUCCGCCUUGGGCUGCCGCAGACGACUGUUGCGACGGCAGUGGUGUAUUGCCAUCGGUUCUUUUUCCACAGAUCCCAUGCCUGCAACGACAGAUUUUUGGUUGCGACCGCGGCAUUGUUUCUGGCGUCAAAGACAGAGGAAACAACAUGCCUUUUGAAUACUAUUCUUAGGGCUUCAUGUGAAGUUUCUGAAAACCAAGAAUUCAAUCUCCUUCCUUACAUGUCGCGUGGUCAAAACUGGUUUGAACUGUACCGAGAAAGUGUAAUACAGGCGGAGCAGAUGAUACUGACAACACUUGAUUUUGAACUUGAAGUGGUCCAUCCAUAUACUUCACUUUCAUCUGCUUUGAGCAGACUAGGACUUUCACAUUCCGUUAUAUUUAACGUUGCCUUGAGUCUGAUUAAUGAAGGGCUUCGGAGUUCUCUUUGGCUUCAGUUCAAACCUCAUCAUAUUGCGGCUGGAGCUGCAUUCCUUGCUGGAAAAUUCCUCCGCUAUGACAUUACCUUUCACCAAAAUUUCUGGCAUGAGUUCAAAACGACACCGCAUACUGUUCAAGAUGUUGUCCAACAGUUGAAGGAGCUACUUUAG